AUGGCAGCCAGUUCAGACAUUGAGGGCGGCAAAGAACUCCCUUCGUGGAAUAAACUCGGUCCCUUUCCGACACAGGAAGAAUUCGAUAUACUACCCCGUGUUCCGGGUCGAAUCCCGUGGACUGCAUGGACCGUGGCUUUUGUCGAGUUUGUCGAGCGCUUCUCGUACUACGGCACCAGUGCCGUGUACGUCAAUUUGAUUCAACAGCCCCUACCGGAGGGAUCCAAGACCGGCGAUGGAUUUCUUACGCAGCAGUCCGGUGCCUUCAACAUGGGCCAGCGCGCGUCUACUGGCAUAACCACCUUCAACCAGUUCUGGUCUUACUUCACGCCGCUCUUUGGUGCAUACCUCGCGGACCAGUACCGGGGCCGUUACCUGACCAUCCAAUACGCCAACGUUGCCGCGCUGGUUGGCCACGUCAUUCUCAUCAUAUCUGCCAUCCCUCCCGUCAUCACCCAUCCCACGGUCGGCAUCGCCAUCUUCACCGUCGGCCUUUUCAUCUUGGGCAUGGGCACGGGAGGUUUCAAGUCCAACAUCUCACCCCUCAUCGCUGAGCAGUAUACCGAGAAGAAAGCCUACGUGCGCACGGACAAGCGCGGGCAUAAGGAGAUCGUCGAGCCCGCGCACUUUGUUGGCUUCUGGCUCUCCUUCACGCUGCCCACUAUUUGCUACCUUCUCUGCCCGCUCAUCCUCUUCUACUUCAAGAAGUCGUACAAGCUGACACCGCCGACCGGGUCCGUCAUGGCCAAGGCGUGGAAGCUUGUCCGCUUCGCCUGCAAGAAGAGCAAGGAUCUGCGCGAUCCCGAGUUUUGGCAGCGCGUCAAGCCCAGCGAGCUGGCGGCACGAGGCGAGCCGAUCCCUAAAUGGAUGACCUUUGACGACGAAUGGGUCGACGAGGUCAAGCGCGCGAGCACCAUGACUCCUGGGUCGACGCCAAAUGACAUUAUAAAUAACCUCAACCCCCUAUUCAUUGUCAUCAUCAUUCCCGUCACGGAUUUCAUUGUCUAUCCUGGACUGCGCAAAUGCGGCGUGCGUCUCUCAUCAAUCCGCGAAAUCACCGCCGGGUUUGUCCUCGGCUCCAUGGCCAUGGUAUCAGCGUGCGUCACCCAAGCUUACAUCUACAAACUUUCCAAGUGUGGUAGUGAUAUCAACGCCAAAGUCGAGACCGGGAGAGAAGAUUGCGCAGCCCCGAUUUCUGUCUGGGUCCAAGGAAUCCCGUAUGGCCUGAUUGGCAUGUCUGAAGUCCUCGCUGCCGUCACAAAACUCGAGUAUGCAUACACAAAGGCUCCUAGUAAUAUGAAGUCAACAGUGCAAGCCAUUGCACUUGCCACGUCUGCUUUUUCUUCCGCCCUUAGCCAGGCUCUGGUAGCGCCAUCAAAUGACCCCCUCCUAGUUUGGAAUUAUGGCGUUGUCGCCGUGCUUGCCAUGGUUGGAGCUAUUGGCUUCUAUCUAACGUUCCGGGAAGCAGACAGAGACGAAUAUGCGCUGAACAAUCAAAAGCAAAGCUCAUGGGCGUGUUGGCUGUGUUGGCUGCGUACUAGCAAAACGAAUGUCAUACACGCAGCAUGUGUGGAAUUAGUCUUAUGA